AAGUAUCUUCCAUUUUCUUAGGUCAUCGGUUUUGGAUCUGUUAAAAUUGCAGCAUUCAUAGCUAUGGUAGGAAUUCUGUCUAUUAUCGCUCAGACAGUCUUUCUUAGCAUCUUGAUGCGAUCCCUGGGGAAUAAAAACACUGUUCUCCUAGGCUUGGGCUUCCAAAUAUUGCAGUUGGCUUGGUAUGGUUUUGGAUCUCAAGCUUGGAUGAUGUGGGCAGCAGGAGUUGUGGCCGCCAUGUCCAGCAUCACAUUCCCAGCAGUCAGUGCUCUUGUCUCUCGGAAUGCAGAGUCAGAUCAACAAGGUGUUGCCCAGGGCAUCAUAACUGGAAUAAGAGGACUAUGCAAUGGCCUGGGGCCAGCACUGUAUGGCUUCAUAUUCUACAUGUUCCAUGUUGAACUGACUGAGUUGGGCCCAGAACUGAAUUCUGGCAGUGGUGCCCUACAGGAAGCUGUUAUCCCAGGCCCACCAUUUUUAUUUGGAGCAUGUAUAGUUCUUAUAUCUUUUCUGGUUGCCUUAUUUAUCCCUGAAUACCGUAAAGCCAGUGGAGCUCAAAAACAAAGCAACAGCAUCAGUGGUAGCCUGACUAACACCCCGGAACGGGUCAGUGAUGAGGAUAUUGAACCACUGCUUCAAGACAAUAGCAUCUGGGAGCUUUCCUCCUUUGAGGAGCCUGGGAGUCAGAGUACUGAGCUGUAACUUGAAGAAAAGGAGUUCUGCAGAUGUCAACUCUUAAAGCCUUCAGGGGAGCCACACCGCAUGGAAACUUUAUGGUGCUGGAGGGGUGAAACUAGCAGCACACUUGGGCCAGGUUGAUAAGUGAUUUCUUCAUCGUUUCUCUCCACCCCACCCCCAUCUCUCCCUCUUCCUGUUC